UCUCGUCCACCACUCACCAUGCGACGCACCGUGCCGCGCCGUCGAUACGCCCAGUGUCCACGCAACUAUAUAUACACACGUACGCACAGGAUUCAUUGGCCCGGGCCACGGCGCAAUCGUCGAUCGAGCUGCAGCACAAGCAUCGCACGCCCCUCACGGCCGCACCUCCGUCUCGAACCAACUCCGUCCCCGUCAGGCCGGCGAUGUCAGCGCGCCGCCGCCCUCCCCCGCCGCCGCCCGCGUGGACCCCCGAGCCGUGGAGCGACGGGGAGACGUCCGCGCUGCUCGACGCCUGGGGCCCGAGCCACCUCCGCACCCGCGGCGGUCCUUUCCGCCCCGCCGACUGGCGCGCCUGCGCCGCCGCCGUCACCGCCCACCGCGCCGCUGCCGGACGCGCGCCGCGCACCAUCGACCAGUGCAAGAACCGCGUGGAUUACCUAAAGAAGCGCCUCAGGGCCGAGCGCGCCAGGUCCAAGGGGGCCCCGCCGCCUCCAGUGCCGUUCUCUGGAUGGUUCGACCGCCUCUCCUCGCUGCUGCGUCUCGCCCCCUCCGCUCCUCCGGGAUUCGCGCCUCGCCCCUGCGCCACGACGCCGAAGGUGGUGGUGGAGGAGGAGAACGGCGGUGCUCCUCUGCCCCGCGACUGGCCGCCGGUGCCGAAGCGGCCGAGGACGGCGGUAUCGUUGUCGCCGGUGAGUGCCGCCUCCGGGAAACAUCCUGAAGGCGGAGGGAGAAGCUGCACGGAAGUGGCGGCUGCUUUGGAUAGGCUUGCCGGAACGUACGAGCGGGUGGAGGCGGCGAAGCAGAGGGAGACUACGCGGCUGGAGGAGCGGCGCCUGGAGGCGAUGCGCGAUCUCGAGAUCGAGCGUAUGCGGCUUCUCGUCGACGUUGCCGUCAACGCCUCCGUCGGUGUCGACGUCGCCGCCGCAACCGCCGGCGGCGACUUCUAGUUGAGGAACUAUGAUAAUAGGCUGGCCAAGGUAGCCAGAAUCCUAAUUCCAGCCUCUUUUAUUCGAGAGAUGAUGGCAGUGUGGAGACAGAAGGCACUUGAUGUGAUGCCCUUAUGAAAAGCAGUUGCAUCGGUUUAGGUUUCAGGAAAAGCUUAGCCAGGUUAUAGAAUAGCACAUGGUAAGAUUUUUUUCGUUCACUGAUUUCAGGUUUGCAGCAAUUGAAAAAGGUAGAGGCUUAACCGCCUAAAUGUAUCUUUGUUAGCUGUUCAGGCUUUCACUUAGGCCUUUUGGUAUCUGCUUCUGUAAUCCCUAGUGGUUUCCAGCUGCUCAACUGUUCGGUUGCGAAACACUAUUAUCCAGUAAAUAUGAUAUGUUUGGUAACUUUGUCU